AUGGAAAAUAAUAUCAAUACUCCUGUUGGUAAUUUUACAAAAUUACUUGAAUUUUUUCACAUUAUCGAGAAGUUAAAGAAAACAAAACGUACUGGAUGGGUUAUUAAAAAUAUUGAGAAUCCUGAAUCAAUAUCAGAUCAUAUGCAUAGAAUGUCUAUAUUAGCUUUGUUAUCGAAUGACGAUAAUUUGGAUAAGAAUAAAUGUGUUAAAAUGACAGUUGUUCAUGAUUUAGCUGAAGGCAUAGUGGGAGAUAUAACGCCAUUUGAAGGGAUCACAAAGCAAGAAAAAAAUCGAAGAGAAAUGGAGGCAAUGCAAUAUAUUUGUAAAGAAUUACUUGAGGAUUCUUUACAAUCUCGAGAGAUUUUUUCGUUGUGGCAAGAAUAUGAAAAUGGUGAAACGAUGGAAGCAAAAUUCGUAAAAGAUUUAGAUAAAUUUGAAAUGAUCUUACAAGCUUUCGAAUAUGAGAAAUCAGACAAAAAAGAUCUUACUGAAUUUUUCGAAAAUACGAGGGGGAAAUUUAAUCAUCCUCUUGUAAAAUCAUGGGUCGAAGAGCUUUAUCUUCAACGUCAAAAUAUGAAUUCAAAUAAAUGA